UGUGGAACAUUGGUCCAGAGGUUCUGGCUGCAUGGUUUUGUCUGUCUGGACAGUGUAAUGGAUUGGAGAUUAUGCUGAUGUGUGGCUUCAUGACUGGGGAUUAUCUCUGAAGUGUGUGUGUCUGUGUCUAUCUAUGUGUGUGUGUGUACACACACAUAUGGACGCAGACCCUAAGCUGAAUUCUAAGUUGAUGCAGUGUGUUAUUGAGUGGGCAUGGAGGAGCGUCGUGCCCUUGGGGGGUGUGGCUGUGUGAACCUCUUUCAGAAAGUUUUGACCACAAGUGAGUGCUACUCCAUCAGAGAUCAAGAGUCUUUCUCAGGACUCACUGAUGUCACUCCAGACUCCUCAACCAGUUACGUUUCCCCUGAUGACCACUCCCUCAUCUCUCCCAGUGCCCAAACGCCCUCAUCUCCCCAGCGCUCUUUAAAAGCUCUGAGGCAGUGGCUGGGCAGCCCUUUCUGCAGACUCAGUCUGGGACAAGAGGGCAGAGGGGAGAGGUCUGGUAUAAGAAAUAACGCAGAAGGACGAUCCUUUGCAUUUGUGCCACUUUCACACAGCAACAGUACAGGGAGCACAGUAUCAGGGUCCAGCUGCCACUCCCCUACAGAUAAACCAGCGGAAAUUAAGAAGGUUCCAGAAGUCAAUGUUGCUGACAAACAGAUUUGCCCCAGACAAGUAUCUAAUGUUAUUGAGAACAAUCACACUAGCCAUGUGCUCCCUGUUGGUGAAGGCAGCUCUUCUAAGACUGACAAGAAACACAGCAACUCAGUGGACGUCAAAGCUAAUGAAGAGGAAAGAAGAAGUGCCUUAGAAAAAAGCAUAUAUGUUCUGACAGAGCUGGUAGAGACAGAGAAGUUAUAUGUGGAAGAUUUAGGCCUUAUAGUGAAGGGCUACAUGACCACUAUGAAUAACUUUGGAGUGCCGGAGUGCAUGAAAGGGAAAGAUAAGAUUGUGUUUGGAAAUGUUCACCAAAUUUAUGACUGGCAUAAGGACUACUUCCUUGGUGAACUGAAGAAGUGUGUGUCUAAUCCAGAGCAGCUGGGACAGCUCUUCAUCAAACAUGAGCGGCGUCUUCAAAUGUAUGUGGUGUACUGUCAGAACAAACCCAAAUCAGAGUGUAUUGUUUCUGAAUAUAUAGACACCUACUUUGAGGAAAUAAGGCAGCAGUUGGGCCACAGGCUGCAGCUGAACGAUCUGCUGAUCAAACCUGUUCAGAGGAUCAUGAAGUACCAGCUCCUGCUCAAGGACUUCUUAAAGCACUAUGUUAAAACAGGGAACCACACUGAAGAGAUAGAGAGAGCAGUAGAGGUGAUGUGUUUUGUUCCUAAGCGCUGUAAUGAUAUGAUGAAUGUGGCAAGACUGCAAGGUUUUGAGGGGAAGCUAACAGCUCAGGGGAAACUGCUACAGCAGGACACAUUUACACUCACUGAGCAGGAGACUGGCAUCCUGCCCAAACCCAAACAGAGGCAGAUCUUCCUUUUUGAACAGCUGGUCAUCCUGAGUGAACCCACUGAGCGCAAGAAGGAAUUCUCACUACCGGGAUACAUCUACAAGAACAGCAUAAAGGUGAGCUGCCUGGGAAUAGAGAACAGGUGCCCUAAUGACCCUUGUCGGCUGGUUCUGACAUCCCGUGAUGCCAGUGGAAGUCUGCAGCGCUUCGUUCUUCAGGCACCAUCCCCUGAAACCAGACUCUCCUGGGCUAAUGAUAUCAUCCAGAUUUUGGAAACGCAGCGCAAUUUCCUUAUUGCUCUGCAGUCUCCUAUCGAGUAUCAAAAGCGUGAGAGUAAUUCUCUCAGUUUGGGAAAAGGCAUGAGGACCUCCUCCUCCAUCAACUCUGCCCUUGGAACCUACAGUUCAACCUCUGUCGACAGCCAGAGGCGUCCAUGUCUGCGUUCCUGCAACUCUUCCCUGCCUACCAUGCCAUGAAGAUCUUUAUUUACAGUAAUACUGUAAUAAAUUAUUAAGUAUUUAUACAUUUAUCAGAAGUCUACAAACAGUGUGAACAUGUGUUGUAUUUUUGUGGGACAGACAGCGGCAUGUUUACAUUGUUCCCUGAUAUUUCUGAAAUUAAGAAUCUAGAAUGUUACCCAUAUGAAUGUGCACACUGCAGUAUACAAAGAUUUCUUAUCAGAUUUAAUCAGUGAUUUAAUGUAGGUUGCUGACAUAAUUUAAUUUAACCUUUAGUUUCAGCUAGUCUCACCCAGUUCAUCAAAAAGAAGGGAUGCUGGUCUUAUAUGACCUUAGAUAACUGGUCGGUGUUGUCAUAAAGAUGGCCACUGAGUAAACCAAUUGGGAAUAAGGACUUUAACAGUCAAUAUGAAGGCUAAAAGAAUGAAAACCUUGGAUUGAUCCUAUUGGUUUAGCUCAUGAUGUCCAUGCCCUGUAGUUUGAUACUUUGUAAUUGUUUUAUGCAAGAUAAAAUAGUAAUUAGUUCAUUGCAUUUUGUUGCAGUAUCCCUUAUGCACUGACACAAUCAGUAGUCUGAUUAUUUGACGCUUAGGCACCUGUUAUAGGUAUAAUAUGUAGAAUAAUUCAUUAUAAAAAAAAACAUUUGCAGCUCUACAGCACAUGGAAAUCCCUCUCUGGAUCCCUGGUGCUUUUGCUGUCCAGGCUGCUCACUGGUCAAACACUUUGUACUGGAACUCAUCUAUUGAAUUGUUCAUUCUUCUCUCUCUAUCUCUUUCUCUCUCUGUUAGUCUGUGAGUUGAUGUCAUGAUUUUUCUUACUGGUUCCAGAUCAGGACACGUAGUUUUUUAAUAACCAUGUAUAUGCCACUGUAAGAUUUUAUUUCAAAGGUAGUAAGUAAGUCUUUCAGUAAGGACAUUAAUUAAUGCAUUAUUUCACACAUCAGAUCAGAACAUUGAGCAUAUCUGUAUAGUCUAUCCACUGUUUAAUAAUAAUCUGUCAAAAAUGAUAUUUAAUAAAAUGUUAAUGGUUGACAAAUGAAUUAUGUAGUUAGGACUAAUUAGAAAUCAGCUAGUUAUAUAGUAACUAAAAAUAGAUUAUUGAUAAUAUCUUGUUAAAUCUGACAGAUGAUUUAGGCCAUUUAGGAUGUAUUGUCAGAACCUACAAUAGAUUAUUUGUUUGUUUUGUUUAUUUUCUGUUGUUUCACCUGAUUAUAAUCCUCAUAUUUAUUUAUUACACAUUUUUUCACCUGUGAAUCCUUGACUCUUGAAUUGUGAAAUAAAAAAUAUGUUUAAAAUAAUACCAGGAA